CCUGUGACGUCACGCUUAGUAUAUUUCCGUGCCUGGCAGGCGAUUUGGCUCAGAAAUCUGAUCCGACCGGCUCGGCACCGACCAACAUCGAAUAAGGAUAAACCCAGCAGACAAGCAGACACACGACGAUUACAUUCCACCUCGUUCUGACGAACGCACACCAGCAUGAAGUCAUUGAUUAUCCAGAUCAGUCGCAGCCUGAGGAGCUCUGCGCCGCACCGUGGCGUCCACUCGGCGGCGCGUCCCGCCUCUGCACGCAAGCCGCUCACCUCGGAUGAGAUCUACGCUCGUGAGGAGAAGUACGGCGCGCACAACUACCAUCCCCUCCCUGUGGCGCUGGAAAGGGGCGAGGGAGUCUACGUGUGGGAUGUUGAAGGCAGCCGCUACUUUGACUUCCUGAGCGCCUACAGCGCCGUCAAUCAGGGCCACUGCCACCCCAAGAUCAUCGCCGCCCUCACCGACCAAGCCUCCAAGCUCACGCUGACCUCCCGAGCCUUCUACAACGACGUGCUGGGCACCUACGAGGAGUACGUCACCGCCAUGUUUGGCUACGACAAGGUCUUGCCCAUGAACACCGGUGUGGAAGGCGGCGAGACGGCCUGCAAGCUGGCUCGUAAGUGGGCCUACAAUGUGAAGGGCGUGCCCAAGAACAAAGCCAAGAUUGUUUUUGCUGAUGGCAACUUCUGGGGCCGCACGCUGGCAGCCAUCUCCAGCUCCACCGACCCCAGCAGCUACGAAGGCUUUGGCCCCUUCAUGCCCGGAUUUGAGCUUGUGCCGUUUAACGACAUUCCCGCGCUUGAGAAAGCUCUCGAAGACCCGCACGUCGCCGCCUUCAUGGUGGAGCCAAUCCAGGGCGAGGCGGGCGUGGUGGUGCCUGACAACGGCUACUUGACCAAAGUCAGGGAGCUGUGCACGCAGCGCAACGUUCUGUGGAUCGCUGACGAGGUGCAGACGGGUUUGGCGCGAACCGGGCGGCGUCUGGCCGUUGACCAUGAGCAAGUGCGGCCAGAUAUUGUCAUCCUGGGGAAAGCGCUCUCGGGAGGGGUUUACCCAGUGUCGGCCGUGCUGUGCGACGACGAGGUCAUGCUGACCAUCAAGCCCGGGGAGCACGGCUCCACGUACGGAGGGAACCCCAUCGCAUGUCGGGUUGCCAUUGCUGCCCUUGAGGUGAUGGAGGAGGAGAAGCUAGAGGAGAACGCAGAGCAGAUGGGACGGCUGCUGCGCUCGGAGCUGAGGAAGCUGCCGUCCGACAUUGUGAGCACGGUGCGAGGCAAGGGCCUGCUCAACGCCGUGGUCAUCAAAGAGACCAAAGACUACGACGCGUGGAAGGUGUGCCUGCGCCUCCGCGACAACGGCCUGCUGGCCAAGCCCACCCACGGCGACAUCAUCCGCCUGGCUCCGCCGCUGACCAUCAACGAGCCCCAGUUGAGAGAGUGCAUCGACAUCAUCUACAAAACCCUCGCCGCGCUCUAAAAAGUACUACACAUAUCACUCAUCUGUUUUUGCUCCUCUUCACUUGACUCGGCAUAUCGGUUUAGGGCUGAUUUUUCAAGGAACUAGUUAUAAGUGUUACAGAUGAAAUGGCUACUUUUGUCUAAACAAAGAAGCACUUAAGCCCCAAGCUAUGAACAAGUAUGACUUGUUUGUGAAUGUUGAACUACAAUUAUGCAGUAAUGAAUUUAACAAAUGGAGCGCUUAUCAAAACGUACAAAACCUUUUCACGAUAGCCGAGAGAGGGACCGGGAAUGUUUAUGCGCAAAUAUUGUGUCACCCUGCGGUGUUACUGGUUAAAAAAAAAUUGAAAAACUCCUUCAAAGAUGCAACGGAACAGAAACUUGAAGGUUUGACUUUAGAAUUUUGUUUAGUUACAUUGUAUGUGACUUAUUAGAAGUGCACACAGGAUUUCAAGGAUCAGAUUUGAACGUUUUUGGGUGUUUUUUAUAGUGAAUGCAUCCAUGUGGAUGGGCACUGUUACGAUAGCAGAGCAUCACGUAACCACGGUUACUGUCACUCAAGGUUCCAGCAUAUUUUCAUUUCCAAAAAUCUUGAAUUUAUUCCAAUAAAUUAUUGCAGU